AUGCCGCUCCCUCACUCGAAUGCGAAAAUCGAUUCGACGCGCAAAGUCUCCCCAACUUCUUCCGUUUUGGGUAUUUUGCACAAACUUCUCGUCGUCGCCGGAGAACGGCUUAAAGAUGCUCCGAAAGUCAAACUCAUCUCCCGGCUCUGUUUUCCAGUCACUAAUUCCCUACGAUAAUGACUUUUUUCUUGUGAAGUGUGAAAGAUGAGCUUCUGGAAAGGAUGAGCUCAGUUUAAUUUGUAUUUGAUACCUCAUGCGUAGUUUGGAAUAUGAGAAAUUGUUUAAAAAAACGCCCAUGAAAAACAAACGAAAAUGGUCGCGAAAAUUCAAAAAAUAAAUUGAUUAAAAUUAGCUAAUCCGAUUAUUAAAAUUUAAAUAUUCAGUGAAAUGACUUCAUUCGAAUAUACUAUUUUGAACGGAUUCUAAAAAUAAAACAAAAGCGAAAAACGAAAAAAGUGCUCAGAAGACCUCUCUGAAGGUUUUUGGAAGCCGCAAAUGUCAUUGUUUCGGUCACCAGGCAGCAGAAAAGCCUUUUUCCCAGUGACGAUAAAUUGAGAAAAUUUCACUUAGAGCGCUUUUCGAUGCCCGGGUGAUUUCACACGAACGCUGUUCGGUUUUCAUUUUAAUCAGAAUCGAAAUUUUCGAAUUUUGAGGAGUCUCCACCCGAAGUGAUAAAUGAGAACGCACCUCAUCCUCUCGCUAAUUGGCGCCAUCACUGCAAGACCAAACGGACCACUUUCACGUUUGAAGGCAGCCGGCAAAGACAAAAAGAUAUUGCGGCAUUACGUCAACGGGCGGAUCGCAUCGAACGCCGUCUUCUUCUAUAAAAUUCCGCUCGUCGUCACACUUUACCGCCCUGCAAACGAACCAUCUCUGAAUUAA